UUAAUGAGGGGCAUUUUUUUUAAUAUUGUGAUAACUUUAUGCGUAUAAAGGAGAUAUGGCCAGGGAAUCAAAUAUCCCCAAGGAUCAAGUGUCCUCACUCUCUCCUACACAGUGGAUCCUAUUUUGCUCAUCUAAUUAGUGCAUUGAAUGAGUGUUUGCCAAUGUCUCGAAGUUUUAAUUGACACAAACAGAUACGUAGCUUGGUGUGAUUCCAUAGCUGGCCUGGCGUCGCAUAUCGCCACAAAAUUAAAUUACUCCCCUCUACCCAAUAUAAUGCUUCGUCAUUUAUGGACUGUCCUUAAGAUAAUGCGUUAACGAUGGAGUUUGCCGCUUUGAUUCAGUGCAGGGUUGAACAUAUCAGCGUGAAAUUAGUUCAGAACUCGCAAUUUCACACUAAUUUUGCGUUAUUUAACUCAGUACAUUUGCACAUGAUAUACAUUAAGUGAUGCCAAGAGAUGCCUUGCAGUUGGUCUUCAACAGUGAUCUGGAAAAAUGGCUCUACGCUGUUUGGCAUUAUUAGCUUUAACUUGUACAAUUUUAUGCAUACAUCAAGCAGACGCACAGAAAACAAUCGCAGUAGAUGUGAAUACAGACGAAGGUUCCAGAAAGCUGAUUACAAUACCUGAAACAUGUACAGACACGCCAAGGAAUUCUUCGGGUGUUUUCUUGAUUCACCCGGAAAAAGGAUUUGGAGAACCUUUCUUCGUGCUAUGCGAUCACGAGUACGAAUCCGGAGGAUGGACAGUGAUACAGAAUCGGUUCGAUGGUUCGGUAAAUUUUCUGAGAUCUUGGGACGAGUUUAAAAAAGGUUUCGGACAUCUGAACCGAGAAUUUUGGUUGGGUUUGGAUAGGAUCCACCAGCUCACCUAUGCUAAAGCACACGAGCUGCACAUUGUUUUGGAGGACUUUGAAGCAGAACGACGCGUUGCUAAAUACAGCUCAUUUGCGGUAGCGGGCGAGGCCGAGAAGUACAAACUUAUCGAAUUGGGCAAGUACAGUGGCACAGCUGGAGAUUCGUUUAGAAAACAUAAGAACUGUUUGUUUUCUACUAUUGACCGCGACAAUGAUAAUAUUACGGAUGAACAUUGCGCUCAAGUAUAUCUGGGAGCUUGGUGGCAUAAUGAUUGUUUUCAAAGUCAUUUGAAUGGGCAGUAUUUGAAAGGUCUCACUAACUCAUUUUCUGGUAUGGUGUGGAAUUCGUUUCGUGGAGGCCGUUAUUCUUUGAAAGUGUCCAGAAUGUUAGUUAGAAUCCCCGUAGAUGACAAAUAUUCACUAAUAUAAGUUUGCGAAAAUCUAAUGCAUUUUUAUUAAUAUUUACUUUGAUUCAUAAGGAGAGGUAUGGUAAUCAAUAACAAAGUAAUUGUAUAUUGUCGGAGUUCCCUUCAACUUCGCUUCAACAGAAUAUUAUUUUUUUAAUUUAAAAAAUACAUAAACUUUAUAUAAUUCACCGAAUGACAUUACAUUCACAUAACGAAUAAAUUAAUUUACAAAAAAAACCUUCUUCGAACAAUCUUCCUAUUGCUGUUUAUAAAGUCUGGUGCAUAAAUCACAGUCUGAUCAACCGAAUUUGCCGAUCAGGCACACUAAUUUAAGGUUUUAGACUUUCUUUGCUUCAUAUACACUUUUGAGAUUCACUCAGUAGCUAAAUUAAAAGAGAUGUUGUUAAGGUUGAAAUAUUGUUCUUAGUCUACAUAAAAAAAGCAUCAUUUGACACUUUGCGGGAUAAAAUAUUAUGAAAUAUAUAAGGGAGAAGGCAAUCGAUGUUUCUAUCCAUUCUGUAUCAAUGUACCAAUUUUUGCGGGUGACUAUAUUGGGAAUUUUUACUUAAAAAGUGAAUAAAAGUUGUCCUCACACGUUUGAUUGUUGUGUAUUCGUGACAGAAUAUGUAAGACAUGUAACAAUUAUCCAUAGUUAUUUUCAUAUUAAAAGGAAGCAUCAAUUAUAAGUCUCAGAUCUCCGGUGUUAUUGGUAGAAACUAUUCGCCAGAAAUCUAGAAAAAUUGUAAUUUUUGGUGACAGUGUAUUGUAAUUUUUGGUGGAAGUUUCCUGUUAAAAAUAAAAGUGCA